GUGAGCGAAAUCAAGAGAAAAUCGCGAUGGCAUUGACAAUUAGCUUUUUAAUCUUUUGCAAAAAUUACGUUUCUAAGGGUGCUACAAAUGUUUGAAUUCCUAAAUCAAAAACAAUACUGAUGUUGGAAACAUUCAAAGCUGCCCAGCGCUUAACUUUACAUGAAAUUAAUUUAGCAGCGGAGUUCAACAGCCCUCCCAACCAAUAACUGCGCACAUCUUGCAAACGUGGCGAAAAACUCUCGCGCGACACAAAACGGCGCAUCCAGCUGGUUCUCUAUUGGCUUUCUCCUCUCGUGGUUGUUGUUGGAGUGUAGCCAUGGCGCGAGGCCAGCAGAAAAUUCAGUCACAACAGAAGGCUCAAGCUAAGCAGGCAGCUGCCAAGAAACAGGCUGGCCACAACCUAAAGGAGCAGAAGAAGGCUGCGGCUGCUGGCCUCUCCUACAACUGUGACAUUUGCAAGUCGCAAAUGCCGGACCCGAAGACCUACAAGCAGCAUUUUGAGAGCAAGCACCCCAAGAACCCGCUGCCGGAGGCGCUGAAGGACGUCUAGCCCGCGGCGCUCUGGUGACUGGGUGUGCAACAGGCGCUGCGCACACCCGGUCCGCCGGGGCGGUUGGGUGGUGCUCGCGCCGGAACAAUGAGUGCGGUUGUGGAGCGGGUCGGGACCGUGGCACGGUUAUCGUCGGUGUUUCGUCGGUCGGCUUCAGCGGACCUUUGUGAAUUCGGGUCCAUAUUGAUUCGAAUUGGUGAUGACGUGUUUAUCCUGUUUUUUUUUUUCAUUCUUGUUCGCUUCUCUCAAAGUAUAUUUAUCUUGUUCAGUUGGCAGUUCAAGUGAUCUGAGGUAUGGUUCAUUGCAUAACAAUACCUUCUAAUUCUCACGGUAUGUGCAAGUUCCGUGUCAGGGGAUCCAUUAUUCGCGUAUUUGAAUGUAUACCUGAUACCUCUCACUUGAGACUGCGUCCAGCUGCAUAUACUGCAUCAAUCCAUUCACGCGACAACGAUACCAUUUCCCUCGGUAUACACUCACAUGACAUGAUGAAAUAAACGAUGAUAAAUG